AUGCCUCAGAUCGGAAAGUUCCAUAUUCGCGAUGCGGGCACAUCACCAAUUGAUCUAGAUGCCAUCAUGGGCUCUCUGGAUGCAUCGGUCCACCACCUUGCCAGCAAUGGCAACGGCGAACAGUGGGGGCCAAAGCUGUUUUCGGAGAGGGAUGGCUACCGCGAAGAUGUGGGAGAGGAUCUUAAAACAUCCGAAAAUUAUCGCUUGACUGGGCAAGGCCAGGCGAAGAGGACUUUUAUCGCAGAGGUAGAAGAUGCGAACGCCGAGAAUGGCCUACCACGUCGUGUGGACGAGAAUGGGAUUUCCUGGCUGCCAGUGGGCAACCUGGAGAUUGCAGAAAACAACCUUGGCGAUUACUUUACCGAUAUGGCGGAGUUGCGACCGUAUUUGGAGGAAGCCAAAUCCAUCGAGGGCGGCUUCUUAUGCAUUGUCUUUGUCAUGUCAGACGCUCGUGCCGGGGAGCGCGCAAAGGGCUCUGGAGCCGCUCAGGUUGAGUACGCAAAGCAAUAUGCUCGGGAGCGAGGGAUGAAGGCGUUAUAUUUGGACUGUUGGGUGGGUGGGACGCUGGGGCUGGUCAACUAUUACGAAAGUCUGGGAUUCACACCCAUUGGCGACUAUUCUUUCGAGAGGCCAAGAUCGAAGAGCAAGAGUACCUGGAACGGCCGAGUAUUCAGGAUGUCACUGUGA